AUGUCAAGUUCAAAGGAAGAAAGGCAAAAGAGAGCCUUAGCGGUUCGAAACUGUGUAAGGUUAUACUUGGUAAGUAUGUCCUUACUUACAACUCUAAAACAUGCAGAAGUCUUCGGCGCUUGGAAAACCAAUGCCAGCGCAAAGUUGUCUGACCUUGAGUCAGCAAUAACCAAGCGCCUGAAAAGGUCGCUGGACAGCUAUGUUAAACGGAAAAACAAGUCACAAGUUAACCGCUGAGGCUCUCUUUUGCCUUUCUUCCUUUGAAAUUGACGCGCAAGCUUAUUUCGUCGUCAAAGACAGCGAAGCAUAUUCGCUUGACGAAUUCGUCCGUAUUAUGCCCUCCAAGGCAUGUCAGGAACGAAGUCUAACGCAAUAGGGUGUGAUUAAUUGGGUUGCAUACCAGCUGGUUUCUAAACCCGUUGUCCAGUAAUUGGACAUUCAAAUCGCGAAACUCAGCACCAGAACGUAUUUGGUGGUCGAGUGGGUUCCUCGGCAGCUGAGAAGCUACCUGUCCCGAAGUUUGUGCCUGCUGUAGAAUCAUCGAUUCCAACAGCCGCUGACGGCCGAGUAACUUGCGAACAGUCUCCACCAGAAUGUCUAGUUUCAUUGACUGUUCACGCAUGUGUUUGCACAUGAGCAGCAGGAUAUCUUCCAACGCAUUGGCUUUCGGCACUGUGGUUAACGUGUCGUCACCGAGGGGGAUGGUGUCGAAAGAAUCAUUGGCGCCCUCCUGCGACUCCUUAAAGGUAUAACAGCGUUAUUUUCCAUAACUUACUGGCGAUGGUAUGCCUUCACCUUUAAGCAAGUAGAGCGCCUCAUCAAUCGUGGGCCUCCUUUGUCUGCCCGACAGUUGACGUGCAGGUAGUUUUCUCAUGAUAAUAUCUACUAACUUACAGAAUGCAUGGACAUCCGACGGUUUUCCAGUACCACAAUAAAUGCCAACUGCAAAAAUGCUACUGACAAAGGGCCUCGAAAGUCUCCCUAAGAUUGGCCAUAUUUCGGUGUUUGAUUUUCGAUAUACUGGAAGACCAUCGAUAGCCAACUGAAUUUCUAUAUCGCAAGCUGAGUUAACUGUAUUCUUACUUAUAAGCCUACGUAGUUGCCUUUCCAAGCCGACGUGCACAUACUCACCGCUACCCAUUGGGGCAGCCUGUAGAACAUGGGCCGCACCCGAGAGUGUUUUUGGGUCUGCCGGCAGUUCGGGCACAAUCGGCUUAGAAAUAGCCAACAGGGCUCGUAUGGGAGCGUGCGCAAUGUUGAACUCCAGCGCUCAUUCACGUAAUCGUUUGACGUAUAAGUCGCCCGCGGGCGGCCCGACAAAGGAGGUCUGCGAUUGAUGAGGCGAUCUACCUACUGGAAGGUGAAGGCAUUUCAUCGCGAGUAAGUUAGGAAAAAUAACGCUAUCAUACCUUUCAGGAGCCGCAGGAGGGCGCCAAUGAUUCUUUCGACACCAUCCCCCUCGGUGACGACACGUUAACCACAGUGCCGAAAGCCAAUGGGCAGGAAGAUAUCCUGCUACUCAUGUGCAAACACAUGCGUGAACAGUCAAUGAAACUAGACAUUCUGGUGGAGACUGUUCGCAAAUUACUCGGCCGUCAGCGGCUGUUAGAAUCAAUGAUUCAACAGCAUGCUAAAACCUCGGGACCGGUAGCUUCUCAGCUGCCGAGGAACCCACUCGACCACCACUUACGGUCUGCAGCCGAAUUUCGUCAUUUGAAUGUCCAAUUACUGGACAAGAGCUUCCGACAGGAGCUGGUAAGCCACCAUAUUGAUCACACCCUAUUGCGUUAGACCUCCUUCCUAACAUACCUUGGUGGGCAGAAUAUUGACGAAUUCGUCAAGCGAAUUUUCUUCGCAGUCUUCGACGAUGAGAUCAGCCUUUACGUCAAUUUCAAAGGCAGAAAGACGAAAGAGAGCCUCUGCGGUUCUAAACUGUAUGAGGUUAUACUUGGUAGGUCUGCCGUUACUUACAACUAUACAACAUGCAGAAGUCUUCGGAGCGUGGAAUACCGAUUCCACCGUACAGCUGUCUGACCUUGAGUUAGCACUUACCAAGCGGCUGAAGAGGUCGCUCGACAGUUGUGUCCAGCGGCGGAAUAAGUCACAACUGGCGUCCAAUGACAGUGGUAAAUUAAUUGUAGUUUUCCAGUAAUGGAUUUUAAUUUCUAGACAAUAUACCCGGAUCAUCUACUGAUUCCUCGCCUGAUUUACCUAUGUGA